CUUAAAAACCCUUCCACGGCGGCAAAGCGGUAUUAGUACCUGAUUAGCCACUGGAGAGUGUACACAUUCUGGAACAAGUGAAAAUGGUGAUCGUUCGAUUUUUUAGUGCAGUUGAAGAUGAACAGAAGCAAAGGAUUCUGCAGAAGUUCCAAAAGGUCAACGCGCACGUUAUCAACUUGCGAGUGGAAAAAUGCUAUCAUGUGCAGAACUCCAAAUACAACAAGUUUCCCCGCGAUGUGGAGAAGCUGUUGAGAUGGAUCCUGAAAGGACCACAGCAGGAGGAUAAUCUCUCCGCCGGUUCUACCUUGGACAAAGCGAAGGAAAAUGAAGAAUUGGUUGAAAUUGGCCCGAGAUUCAAUUUCUCUACGGCUGAUUCGACCAACAGUGUGAGCAUUUGCCACAAUGUUGGUUUGCAGUUCAUCGACCGCAUUGAGACUUCCUAUCGUUAUCUGAUUGGUUUCGAUUCGACCCGGUUCACCGAAAGUGAUCUUACUUCGCUCAUGGAUAUUGUUUGCGAUCGCAUGACACAGUGCAGAUACACGAAAGCUAACAUUCCCCAGGAGGAUUUCUACGAAAACUUUGUGCCGUCCAACGAAAAGUGGUACACGGUACCGGUUAUUGAACGCGGUGUCGAAGCGUUGAAGGAAGUCGACAAGAAACUGGGUCUUGCAUUCGAUGAUUGGGACAUGAAGUACUACACCAAUCUGUUCCAGAAGGUGCUGAAAAGAAAUCCAACAAACGUGGAACUGUUCGACUGUGCCCAAUGCAACAGUGAACACUCUCGCCAUUGGUUCUUCAAAGGUCGAAUGAUCGUCGACGGGUUGGAGGAGGAAAAAUCACUGAUCGAUAUGAUCAUUGACACGCAAAAGUUUUCCAAUCCGAACAAUACGGUGAAGUUCAGCGACAACAGUAGCGCAAUCAAGGGAUUCUCACAUCAAAUACUCACGGCAAGCAGCCACGCUGCGCCGGGUCCGAUGGAGUUGAAACCCGUAAACUCGGACCUUAUAUUCACGGCGGAGACCCACAACAUGCCAACAGCGCUCUCUCCAUUCAGCGGCGCUACAACCGGCACAGGAGGUAGGAUUCGAGAUGUUCAAAGUAUUGGACGUGGUGGUUUGCCGAUCUGCGGUACCGUUGGAUACUGCGUGGGAAUGCUGAACAUCCCUGGCUAUGAGUUACCGUAUGAAGCACAGCUGGAAUAUCCGCCUUCGUUCUCGAAGCCGCUGAAAAUAUUGAUUGACGCCAGUAAUGGAGCCUCGGAUUACGGAAACAAAUUUGGAGAACCCGUUGUUUCCGGUUUCACUAUAUCGUUCGGAAUGGUAACCAACGACAAUGAACGGUUGGAAUAUGUGAAGCCAAUUUUGUUCAGUGGUGGAAUUGGAACGAUGAACUCGAAACAAAUCAACAAGUUGGAUCCAAAGCCAGGCAUGCUGCUGACAAAACUCGGCGGCCCGGUAUAUCGGAUUGGAGUCGGUGGCGGAGCGGCCAGCUCGGUGGAAAUCCAAGGAGACAACGACAGCGAGCUGGACUUCAAUGCCGUGCAGCGUGGCGAUGCCGAGAUGGAAAACAAACUGAACCGCGUGGUUCGCGCUUGCAUUGAAAUGGGCGACAAGAAUCCAAUUCUUGCGAUCCACGAUCAAGGUGCAGGUGGAAAUGGAAACGUCCUGAAGGAGCUCGUUGAGCCGGGAUGUGCGGGUGCGGUGAUUUUUUCAAAGGAGUUCACUUUAGGAGAUCCGACGAUUACGAUCAUGGAACUUUGGGGAGCUGAGUAUCAGGAAAAUGACGCCAUAUUGAUUGCGCCAGACCGCAAACAGGUGCUGCUGGAUAUAUGUGAACGUGAACGGUGUCCGAUAAGCAUUGUGGGGUAUGUCACUGGAAAUGGUUAUGUGACUCUUGUGGACGAUAAGUUUGACUCUGAUAAGUAUUCCAAGAGGGAUAACGUGAAAACCUUAGGCAGCUUGCCGUUCGAUAUGCAUUUGGAUAAUGUUUUGGGAAAAAUGCCUAGGAAGGAGUUCAAGCUCCAACGGAAGCCCAUGAAAUUAAAUGAGUUCAAUUUGGACAAUAUCAAUUUGAUGGAGGGCUUGAACAGAGUGUUAUCCUCCAUCACCGUAGGAAGCAAACGUUAUUUGACAAAUAAGGUAGAUCGUUGUGUUUCUGGUUUGAUAGCGCAACAACAAUGCGUUGGACCGCUUCACACACCACUGGCUGACUAUUCUAUCUGUGCGGUAUCGCAAUUUGGUUUUGAAGGAAUAGCCUCAUCGAUCGGAACUCAGCCCAUAAAGGGCAUCGUAGAUAGUGGGGCCGGAGCCCGUCUCUCUGUUGCCGAAGCGGUGUCGAAUUUGGUGUUUGCAGGCAUUACACAGCUAGCAGAUGUAAAGUGUUCCGGAAAUUGGAUGUGGGCCGCAAAACUAAGCGGAGAAGGUGCCAAAAUGGUCGACGCCUGCAAAGCCAUGUGUGAUAUCAUGGCCAAGUUGAACAUUGCCGUUGAUGGAGGCAAAGAUUCGCUUUCGAUGGCCGCACGCGUUAAUGCCGAAACAGUGAAGAGCCCAGGUACACUUGUGAUUUCAACUUAUGCACCAUGUCCGGAUAUUCGGGUAAAGGUAACUCCGGAUUUGAAGGCAGCAUCGCUAAACCUUGAGACAUCUUUACUUUAUGUUUCCAUCGAAACUCAAUUCAGGCUUGGUGGUUCUGUGUUCGCUCAAUGUUACGGAGAACUCGGUAUCAAAACGCCGGAUGUCCAACAAACUGAUGUUCUUUUGCAAGCUUUCAACACCACACAAAAACUACUGAAAGCGCGAAAACUGCUCUCUGGUCACGACGUAAGUGAUGGCGGACUGCUAACGUGUGUAUUGGAGAUGGCUUUUGCAGGUUUGGCAGGCAUUAAAGUUGAUCUAACUGAGCUGUAUAGCAAGUUCGGUAAACAGUUUGAAACAUUGGAUCAAGCAGCGAAGCACAUCUGUUUCGCCGAGGAAUGUGGUUGGAUUAUUGAGGUAGAUCCUACAAACGUGGACCAUGUGUUAGAUGCUUAUCGAUCCUCUGGAGUGCCAUGUUUUGCCAUUGGCAAUGCUUACAAGACCGAUAUUCAUGAAAAUGGUUCUGCUUCGAUUACCAUGCAUGGAACUCAAUUGGUAAACGCAAGCGUCAUUCAACUGUUCAAACAGUGGGAACGCACCAGCUUCGAGAUCGAGAAGCUUCAAGCUGAUGAGAAGUGUGCUGUACAGGAGUACGAAACAUUGGAUUACAGAUGUGGCCCGACCUACAGAUGCAGCGUCAAUCCCGACCUACUCUACGCCUCCAAGGUGUUGGGAUCGCAACAACCAAAAGUGGCAGUGAUUCGCGAGGAAGGUACCAAUGGGGAUCGUGAAAUGUGCGCUGCUCUUUAUGAUGCAAACUUCGAAGUGCAUGACGUUACCAUGAGCGAUUUACUGCAAAGGAAAACGUCUCUGGAUAACUACCGCGGAGUAGUUUUCCCAGGUGGAUUCAGUUACGCCGAUACGCUCGGUUCUGCAAAGGGUUGGGCUGCCUGCAUUCUCUACAGCGAUGUACUGUCCCCUCAAUUCAAGCAUUUCAAAACCAGAACCGAUACAUUCUCGCUAGGCGUAUGCAAUGGCUGUCAGCUGAUGGGAUUGAUCGGCUGGGUUUCUCUGGAAGAUCAAUCCAACAGCACAGAUGUGCCGGAUGUAGCGCUGUUGCCGAACAAAUCUAACCGAUUCGAAUGUCGCUGGAGCACGCUGAAAAUCGGCGAAAGCAACUCAAUUAUGUUGAGCAAACUGAAAGGCAGUGUCCUUGGCUGUUGGGUGGCUCAUGGCGAAGGGCGCUUCUCGUUCAAAUCUAAACCAGUGCUAGAAAAGCUAAAAACAAACAAGUGCAUUGCCAUGCAGUACGUGAACGAUCAGGGGGAACCCACUGAGGUUUAUCCCAUGAACCCGAACGGAAGUGUUGAUGGUAUUGCUGGCGUUUGUUCCGCCGACGGUAGACAUCUGGCUGUCAUGCCACAUCCCGAACGGUGCGCAAAAAUGUGGCAAUGGCCAUACGUAUCUGAAGGAUUCAACUAUCAAACAUCGCCUUGGCAUUCCAUGUUCGCCGAAGCUUAUAAUUGGUGCAUUAGGAAGUAAAAUUGAUUGUUUAUUAAAUACUUUUUUUAUAAAAAUACAUUAUUUGAAGUGACCCUUCAUUAA